UAAACGAUCCAAUCAAACAGCAGUAUACUGAAGAGGCAAAUUCAACCUUCGUGUGCUUGUGUUUAUUUCUUUUCCAAAGGCAAUUUGAAAUUAUUUUUGUGAUUUUUUUGUAGCCAGGUACCGUGUCAGAUAAAUUUCAAGAUGGUUACAACUGAUGCUAUCAGUGCCAUGAAGGCACUGGCCACUGAUCCAACGAAAAGAGCAGCACUUGCAAAGGAUGCUACAUGUGUUGGAGGACUCGUAGUCGUACUCUCAAAUUCAGACACGAAAGUUGUAAAAUUAGCCCUUGAGACAUUGCUGUUGCUCGUGGAGAGUGGGGAAAAUGUGGCACCACUGAAAGACUUCAUGGGUAUGCUGGACCAGCUAGAGGCGCUCAUGAACAGGAGCGAUGGAGAGCCUGAGUUAAGGGAACUGACAGAAAAGCUGUACCUCAUCCUGACAGAGGUGGAACAACAGACUCCACUCCGAGACACCAGCAACAUUCACUCAUCAAGAAGAAACAGCAGCAGCUGCAGCAAGAAGAGCAACAAGAGUCUCAGCUACCAUAGCCACAAACACAAGUCCGUCAUCCUGCAACUCAGGGGCAUCACAGACAGGAGUGACCGGGAGUUGUGCAUGAAGCUGCUGCUGCAGGUGAAGGGGGUCAUCAGCAUCACAUUCGACAUGAACAAGAAGAGAAGCAUACUGCGGGUCAAGAACGACGUCAAACCUGAGAGCCUGGUGCAGGCUGUAGCCAGGUCGCAGACCAUGGCAGCCCAGCAGGUGGUCCGAGACGACAAUGGAGAGGAGCUUUUCCUGUCAUUCCGAUCCCUUAUGGAAGAUGCUGAGAAGGAGAACUCUGACAUGCCCAGUUACCUUGCUGACGAUGCAGACAGUCCCGUGAUAGAUGACAAGGCCAUCUCUCGCACUGCACGUGAAGAGAAGAAGGGGGGCGGCUGGCUGAGUUCUGCAGCAAGCUUUCUCACUAACUCAUUCUACUGGUGAUGAUGUAUUUUACAGUUGGAUAAAUGGCGAGUGGAUGAUGCUAUGUGGAUAUCGCAGCCAAAUGGUGCUUUUAAUGACAGCACAUGAGUGAAAGAGGGCCAUGCCUGGCGAGAUAAUUCUUAUAUAGAUGUAUGCCAUUUCACUAGUAAGCAGUAACUAGUCAACUGCCAUGGACGUCCCAGGCUUGCAGUAUGUAUGUGUGGGGGUCCAGGUCAUCCUUGGAGGCAAUCAGGCAUACUUGACGUCUGCUGCAUCCUGUGUAUACUUGACGUCUGCUACAUCCUGUGUUUCAUGACUAAUGAAAAUGUGGUGCACAGUUACUGGAUUAACAAUUUUCUGCUUUGUGAAUCGCAAGGAGUCCUAUAUAUUUGUAAAUUGGCAUCCCUGACAAAAUAGUCAAGAAAGCAAGAUUUAUGGAAUAACCAAGGUUCACUGUACUGGUAGGGAGUUUGUGAGUGAUGUGUUUAACCACACAUGUACUUCUAGUAACAACCAGGAUAAAAACUGUGGCUGUCGACUUGUGUGUUUUGAAGAAUGAACAAACCAUGUUGUUUUUAGACUUUUUACUGUUUUUAGGAUUGUCCAUUGUGAGAAUGAGAUGAAUGCGCCACCCAAUUAAAUCUUGGCUUUGUUAUCUGGUGUUAGUACUGACUAAGUACUGAAGCAUGCUAAUUGUGAAAUUAUUUCCCCAAAUUGCACAUUUUCAUAAAGCCCAUACUCUUUGGAUCCAAUAUCUGUCGCUAGAUUUCAAAGCCUGGAUUUUAUGGAGAAUUAUGACAUGACGCUCCUGACAAACAAGUUUAAUGUGUUGCUGGGCAUCCUGGAAGCUAUUUUAUCCCUUACGAACCACAUUGAUAUUGUGCCUACCUUUCAUCACAACUCACAUGCGGGGCGUUGGGGUAGCCUAGUGGUUAAAGCGUGGGCUUGUCACGACAAAGACCCAGGUUUGAAUCCCCACAUGGGUACAUUGUGUGAAGCCCAUUUCUGGUGUCUCUCUCUCUCACUCCCCCAUAUGAUGUUGCUGGAAUAUUGCUAAAAGCAGCGUAAAACCAAACUCAGUCAGUCAGUCACAACUCACAUGCAUCACACUUACAUACUAUACCAACACAGCACCCAGCUGACCAGCAAGCAUUGAUACUGAUAACACAACUGUACAGAAGAACAUUAAACUAUAUUAUGCAUA